CAAAGUUCACAGCAUGCGGAAGUGGCAUGUUGUUGGUGUUUUUCAAUUAUUUUCCGGCACGGUUUUGCUCUCUGUAAAUCAAUAAAAAAAAGGUGUGUUGAUUUUUAUGUAGCAGGAGGCUAACUUCUGUUAGCUUCCUCAUCAAUCUGCAACAAUGACCACCAUCGUCCAUGAUACUACAGAGGCAGUGUGCCUCUCCACUGAGUACAACCUGUACCUCAAGCCCAUUGCCAAAAUGACCGUCAGCGUGGCUUUGCCCCAGCUCAAGCUCCCAGGCAAGAGCAUCUCGAACUGGGAGGUAAUGGAGAGGGUAAAGGCCAUGGUAGCUCCAGAGCAGUUUUCAGCGCUGAGAAUCUCCAAGAGCACCAUGGACUUCAUCCGCUUUGAGGGAGAGGUGGAAAACAAGACGGUGGUCAAGAGCCUGCUGAGCCGUCUGGAUGGGAAGAGCAUCAAACUCAGUGGAUUUACUGAUGUACUGAAGGUCCGCGCAGUAGAGAAUAAGGUCGACUUCCCUACACGUCAUGACUGGGACUCAUUUUUCCGCGACGCCAAGGACAUGAAUGAGACACUGCCAGGAGAGAGACCUGACACUAUCCAUCUGGAGGGACUUCCUUGCCGAUGGUUCAGCCAGAAGGACAGCCAGUACCCGGACCGGCCCUCUGAAGAGGUCCUCAUUGCUGUUUUCCAGGCCUUUGGCAAGGUGCGAAAUGUUGACAUCCCCAUGUUGGACCCAUACAGAGAGGAAAUGCUGGACAAAAACUUCAGUACAUUCAGCUUUGGAGGCCAUCUGAACUUUGAGGCUUAUGUCCAGUACCAGGAAUAUUGUGGCUUCACCAAGGCCAUGGACACUAUGCGCAGCAUGAAGCUGAUGUUCAAAGGAGACGAUGGAAAGGCAGUGGCUUGCAACAUCAAGGUGACUUUUGACACGAGCAAGCACCUGAGUGAGUCAGCUCUGAAGAGGAGGAGCCUGGACAGGAUGAAGUUGCAGGAGCUGGAGAGGCAGAGAGAGGAGCAGAAACGACGGGAGAAGGAAGAGGAAGAGCGUCGUAAGGAGGAGGAGAGGAAGCAGAAGGAGCAGGAAGAGGAGGAGAAGGAGAGGAAGAAGGAAGAGAGGCUGCGGAAACGAGAGCAGAAGCUUCGGGAGAGAGAGCAAAGGAGGAACCUGAAGAGGGUGAGGCGACAGCAGGAGGAGGAGCAGAAGAAGCUGCAGAUGAAGAUUGCAAUGGAGGAGAGGAGGCUACUGCUGGCUCAGCGCAACCUGGAAUCUAUACGGCUCAUAGCUGAACUGCUGGCCAGGGCAAAGGCCCUGAAGCAGCAACAACAGGAGAAAGAGAGGGCUCAACGCGAGGAACAGGAAAGGCAGGAGCAGGCACGACAGAAGGAGGAAUUAGCCCGGCUUCAGCAGCUGGAGGCGUGCCGACGCAAGCAGGAGGAGGAGCUUCGGAGGGUGGAGGUGGAGAAGGAGCGAGCGCUGGAACUCCAGCGCCGAGAGAAGGAGCUAAGGGAAAGACUGCUUUGCAACCUGUUGAAGAAGAGCAACGAAAGAACAACAAAAUCUCCGGACACGCAGGACCAGGCUGGACCUGUAACGCCUGACGAGGCCUCUGUUCCUGGUGGCACUGAUGUGAUGUUGGGGGUUUUUGGCAGGAUGAAUGGCGUAAAGGCAGCUAAGAGCAAAGAGAAACAUGUGUCCAAAUCUAGUGCGCAGGGCCACGUUUCGGGGCAAAACAGAGCAACGGAGGUGAGGAGAGGAGGGGAGGACAGGAAGAAAGGCCGGGAGGGAAGGAGGGAAGAGGUGGUGAGGAGCAGACAUAGCAGGGAGCAAGGGAGGGAGCAGGACCACUCCCACAGAGAGAGGAGUUCCCACAGCAGGGGGGUGGGGAGGCGCUCCCAUAGCCACAGCAGGAGGAGAAGGAGCUCCAGCCGCCAUAGGAGGAGCUCCAGUCGUCACAGGAGGAGCUACAGUCACCAUGGCAGCAGGAGGCACAGCCAUAGCAGCAGAAGCACCAGCUCGAGUAGAGACAGGAGCAGGAGCAGCAGUGGGAAGAGCUACAGCAGGGGGAGGAGUAAUCGACAUAGUCACCGCAGAUACAGCAGAGGCAGCUCCAGGAGCAGCAAUAAAAGUAGAGACAGGAGGAGUCACAGCCAUAACAGUCGAAGAUACAGGAGACACAGCAACAGUAGAGACAGGAGCCAUUCCAGACAACGCUAAACUCAUCAGUAUAAUCAGUUUGUUAAUUCAUAUGUCAAGAUAUUUUUGGUCCCUUAAUUGGCAUGGCACUACAUAGUAAAAAAAGAAAUCUUAGCUAUUAAAAAAACAUAUAAAAGUCAACUCAACUACAGAAUCAACUGAAACAACAGUUGUUAGUUGCUUUUACCUUUAUUUUUAUUUUUUUGUUACAUUUCAUAUUGUUGGAUCAAAGCUGCUGACAAUUCAUUGUGUUCAAAUAUUCAGCAUCUUUACACUUUGGCAUAAAAUGCCAAAUUUACUAUUCGGUUUCGUUAGAAUGUCAUUCUAUGUGUGAAAGACACUGUAUCGUUCAUUAUUCAUUUGGAGGGAAAGACACUGAAACACAACUCUGAAAGUUAGAAUAACAAGAACAAACAUAAUUGGAUAUUACAAUUUGUAUCAGUGAUUAGUGAUCACUGUAUACACUAAUCACUGAUAUUCAUUAUAUCGGCAGUUGAGAACACAGAUGAGCCUGUUGAUUACUUUUAUUUUCUCCAGUGUGUCAUUGUGCAUGAACAACAGUGAGCUAUAGAAAGUGGCAGGUGCUGAGAACAAAUUGCAUUAGUCAUUUUUGUUGUGGCACCAGCCUGUUCAUCCACAGCUGCAGCCUGACUUCAGACAGUAAAACACAGCAUCCUCUACUGACUUGUAAUCGAAUUAAAAUUUCAAUAACUUUUACAUCAAGCCUCCAACAAGCACCUGAACUCCCCCUCAUGGCUGCCAUAGUUGUAGAAGACUUUUAAGUGGACUAAUGGACUGUGAAGAAUGGCUGCUGCUCCGGUACAAAUGUGAAGUUUCCACACACUAUAAGACUAUAAGUGUUUGGGCUGACUGGUAGACAUACUGGUCGUCGUCAUGUGUUAGCUGCCUGAAAUAUUUCUUGGAAUACUGCUUCAGUAUUGGCUGUGUUGCUGUUAAGCAGCUCAGAAAAAAACACAACAAUGGACAGCCUUUUUGAUGUUCACAUAGUUUCCGUUAAGAAAGGCUGAUUUUUUUUUUUUUUUUUUAAGUGUUUUGAAUUUUGGAAUAUUUGGAGGAAUUGUUUUGUUGGAAAUGAAAGAGUGAGGAGUUGCGUGAAGGCUGUGUCCGAAAUCCCUCCCUGUUUACUCUAUAGUGGACUAAAUUUACUGUCUGCGAUUUUGUGUGAGUGUCUACAUGGUAAGUGUUUAAACGUGUCCACUAUGUAGUGCCCAUUAUGUCAGAAGUAGGAAAGAAAGAGAGAUUUCAGAGACAGCCUUAAUGCUUCAUAAUGAAGAUGGCAUCAUGACAUACUGGACCUGACUCAGCAAGCAGUGCACUCCCUCUUUCCUUAGUCAUAUGUGACUCUUGAAUACAGUGAUGGAUUUGAGACCACUUUAGUUUUUCAAGUUUGGAACAAAGUUUAAUUAUUGCUUUUGGGUUUUUAAAUCAAACCAGCACAGUACCAGGUACAAAUGGGAUGCGAGGAUGUAACUCCUGCUUUCAUGCUCACAUUGUAUACUGGAUACAUUUCUUUAACCUUGCUAGUUACAGUACAAACUGUUCUUGAUGCAGAAUUUAAGCUUGGGAGACUUCGGUCUCAGUUUUGUUGACACUUCUACUUUGACAUAGUUACUUGUCAUAGCAAAGCCCAUUUGUUCUGUAUACUGUAUGCUCAUCAACUACUAGAGCAUGCCUUGCACACAUGGUUAAAAUAAAAAUCCAAGCUGGGAACUUUUAGAAAGAA